GUCGGUUAUAUGACGGUCGUUUUGUAUUCGUGUCGUGAUAUAUGUGAAGCGAGCUUUCUGUUCGGUAAUCCUGACAGUAAAAGGAUGCAUCUGGUCGUACGGUCGUGGUCGUAGUUCGCGUGUCGAUAUUGACUGUUUUUGGACAUAAUAGCGGGCUGCUUCCCUUCCAAGGGUGCCGAUGGUGGGAAGUGUGAUUUUAGAGCAGCACGGUGCAGUUUAGAUUGAAAGCAUCACGUUUUUUGCGUUUCCUGCUGUGAAGCGUCGUGCCAGCGCAUUCCUUCAACGGUGUAUGUGGGGUGUGGAACAUAUCCAUAAAGCAUAGCAAAUAACACAAUUUCCCCCAGUGGAGCACUACACACAGUCCACAGUUCCGACGUUCGUCGUCGGAUAGAAAAGUGAGCAGCCGGAAAAAAAGAACAACUAAACUUCCGGAACCAACAAAAAAAAUAAGAGGAAGAGUGAGUGGAGCACAAAAUCAAGUCGUGUGAAAGUGAGAAGCCAAGUGAAACAAGAGAUAAAAUAUAAUAAAUUCACAUCGUUGUUGUCCGCCCAAAAAGUGAGAUUCCUGUUGAAGUGUUGUGGGCGCAGUUGGUGAAGACGGCGGCCAGGGAAAAGCUGGAGCGAAAAACGGCACAAUAGCCAACAACACGGUGAAAGGCAUCAUUUCCUACAUUGCUUCUUUCGACUGUGUUGAAACAGCAGCCCGGCUGCCACUCAUUGUGCUGGACUGGAUCCUCUAGCUGGAAGCUCAUUUUAUUUCUCGUCUUCGUCUCUCCGGCAGCUAGCCGUGGUCUGAGAUACUCCAGGGAUCAUUUUAUCAUCACAAGCGCCGGUAGUCUAUUAGCAGUGCUAGCAGUUUCCGAUUAUCAGCUAACCUGUCUUCCUGUGGCGAUUCCUGCAGCAGUUCGAGACGAGACUUGAGGGCAGAAUUAGCAGCUAAGCCGAUUACGGUGUCUGUCACAUGCAGAAACAGCAGCUGGAGCUGGAGGUGCCGCACAUCAUCUCUUUCGGAAGCAUCGGAAGAAAAAUCACCGCAGACAGACUUGGAUUUACUGAAUGCAACCCAAUUAGGAAAGCAUUCACCUCUGCAUAGCUCUCGCUUUCCGUAGGACCCAUUAUCAUCAUCAUCAUCAUCAUCAUGGUCAGAAAGGGACUGGAGCCAUGCCUGAGGUAGAGCCACACCCGACCCCUAAAGGAAGAGCUUAUACCUUGUUGUGGUGAAAAUUUUGCAUUCUCCAAUUGCAGCAACGAGAAGAGCUGCAUCAUCUGGCGGCUGCUGCUGUGUUCAGUAUAUACAUUUCCAAUGCAAUUUGGAAUUGUUUCACCGAAAAAUACUCCGAACUGGUCGCGUGACUGUGCUGCUUAGUGGAGUGCUGAAAGUUUCGAAAAUAAAAUGCGAUGAAUGGUACGCUUCAGAGAAGAAGGCUAAAGUGCAUAAUAGCAAUCGUGAAAAUAGAAGCAUUGCUCCCGAGUGAGAGUGUGGGUGUGUGUUUGUGUGGUAGGUGAAGAACACAGUGAAAAAGUGCAUCGUUGCUCAUAGUAAACUGCUGCCGGUGGAGUAGGAGCAUUAAUAUCUAAAAGUGGCGCAGAAAAUAGUAACAGUGGAAGCCGGAGCCGAGUGCCGAAACGGAGCAUAGAAAUGGGACACAUAAAUUUUGUGGAGCUCAAGCUUUUGUUGAAUAUAUUGUUCGUGGCCAUACUGGUGAAUGGGCAUGGAUCACAAUCGGAAGCACAGCCGGAGUUUUUGGCUCCGUUGGACAAUCUUACGGUGACACAGGGACGGGACGUUUCGUUUACUUGCGUAGUCAACAACCUGGGACAGUAUCGGGUGGCAUGGAUAAAAUCUGACACGAAAGCAAUCCUGGCCAUCCACACCCACAUGGUGGCUCUGAAUCAGCGGCUGUCGGUCACGCACAACGGACACAAUACCUGGAAGCUGCACAUCUCGCACGUCCAGCUCAACGAUUCAGGAAGUUACAUGUGCCAAGUCAACACGGAUCCGAUGCGGCAUCAGUCCGGAAAUCUUGAAGUCGUAGUCCCGCCGGAUAUCCUCAACAGUAACGAUCCGAACAGUGCCUCGCUGGAGGAGGGCGUUGCCAACGAGGGCGGUAACAUUCAACUGUUAUGCCAAGCAGUCGGCGUUCCCCUGCCGAAUGUUCAGUGGCGCCGGGAAGGUGGAAAGGAUACCGUUGUGCGGACCGAGGGUCGAGAGAAGCAAGUUGUGAAAUCCGUCGAAGGUGAACGUUUGAUACUGAACCAGGUGCAGCGGACCGAUAUGGGAGGAUAUCUGUGCAUAGCUUCGAAUGGAAUUCCGCCCACCGUCAGCAAGCGAUACGACGUGCAGGUCAAUUUCCCACCCAGUGUGAAGGCGGGCAAUCAGUUGGUCGCCGCCCCGGUGGAAAGUCACGUCAUGCUUCAGUGCAUCGUGGAAGCAUUCCCAACGCCCCUCAACGGGUGGUACAAAAAUGAUGGAGUCAAGCUUUACGAGGGAGAGAAGUACGUUAUCAGCGAGGAGAAGCUCAACCUGUUCACCUGGCAGCUUAACCUGACAAUAAAGAACCUCCAGAAGGUGGACUUCGCACCGUACGUGUGCUCCAGCAUCAACGCCUUGGGGAAAGCGGACGCCCGGAUUCGGUUGCAAGAGCUCCGGUUACCACCGAAACCGACCACGACUCCGACGCCGUACGUGCCACCGACGCCGAAGCAGCCCCGCCGGAAGCAGCAUCAUCAAACCCACGGCAAAGGAAACCACGAUGGUACCGGAAAAGCUGGCCUCGGCAAUGGCUUCAACCGGGACAGCUACAUCAUCAAUCACAUCCAGGAGAACGAUAUGCUCGGAGGGUUCGCCUCGGAGGUGCCACCGAAGGGGGCGUACGGAACCGGGGCAGGGUACGGUUCCGGUGCCGGAGGAGUGUACGGACCCGGAACAAAUAUCGGAACGGGUCCCGGCGGAAGCAGCCUGGAGAAGGCACGCAACACUCAGAUGCCAGCGUCAAUUCCGUCGCGGCAACCGCCCCACUGGAUACGGAACAGCAACGGGGCAUCGCGCACAUGGCACGGCCGAGGGGCCACCGUGUUUGUGGCGCUCGGGUCGAUUCUCCCGGCGUCACGGUGGAGCGGGAUGGUGGCCCUUGCGAGCAGCAGUUGUUUGCUGAUGAUUUAUAGUCUGUUGAUGCUGCUGACAUUUACAUGAAAUUAUGUCUACUGCUGCUGCGGGGUGUUAUCAUUAUUGUUAGGAUGCGUGUGCAUAUUACCAUCAUUAUAAAUACAUCUAUAUCUCUAAACGUACCUAUACAGAUAAAUAUACACUUGUAGUUAUGCGGUCAAGAGUGCAAGCGGACAUGGUGACGAGUACUUUUCACGCUGCAGCUGGGGUGACCCUUUGGAAAUGGGUAUGUUUGCGGUAAGGUAAGGUCACGGAUGUGAUGUCAUGUUGACAUUUGGUCCAGUGCGUGGAUUGUAUGUCAUGUGGAUUGAUUAUUUUGAGCUACUGAGGUGUUUCCAAUCACCUUUCAGUAGUGUUGCAACAAACAAGUUUAUCUUUACCAUAUUUCUAUUUUCGAGGAAAUUGUAACCAUACUUUGAAAAGGAAUUUUAAUAAUCUUCAUAACCACAAUUUGUCAACACAAAUUUAUGAAUGCUGCACUUGCAAUUUAAUUGUAAUUCUACUACAGGUGGCUAGAGUGGCACACCAUGAGAACUUCUCUUGUAUAACCACGAAAGCUCUGAGACCAACAUGUUUUAUUAAAAUAGUGCGAAGCUUUGCUAUUUUGAAAAAUAAGGUUGUGCUUUUGGAACAGUUGCAGACCUAGGAGACUAUCAAGAUUUUGCCUCAGAGCGAAGACAUCAAAUCAAGAAGACUGGCAACUCUGCCAGAAUCCAAGUGACAGAUACAGUAGCGCUGCGCUCGAGCGAAGGUGGAAGUACAGCAUAGAAAAAUGAGUAAAUACACAAAGCUUUCUUCUGAGGUUGCAAUAUUUGCUAUAAAAUUUGUUCGAAGCAUUUACCUUUGCGCAACAGAUGACGCGAUUGUAUCGGUCUCAUAGCGGUCGUAUGAGAAAAUGGAAGAGUUGCCAGUCUUCUUGUAUAUGUUGUCUUCGCUCAGAGGCAGCUAGUAGCCUAUUGAUGCAAGUUUAAUAAGACGUGGUCAAUAUAUGUUUUCUUUUCCUGAGAUUAUUUUACAAGAUAUUUAAGAACCUUUUGCGUCACUUCACAGUUGAGAAUUGAUAAGUUAUGAGGAGCAUUAAAAUGUUCAAACUGGAGAAUCUGAUCAUAAUUGAUAUAAAGUAAUGAGUAUGUUGUACGCUUAUCACCUGAAACAGAUCUCAAAAUUCUUAGGCUCUCUGCUGAUGAAUUUGAAGCUCUGGACCAAUUAAUAACUUAUUCCUCAGUAAAAUAAAAGCAUGGUUUCAGGACUGAUAAAAGCUCUUAUAUUAAUGCAGUAGCCUGUUACUGUUCCAAGUAACGUCACGCUCAGCUGAAAGAUUUUUUCCCGCAAAGCAGUUUACUACCAAAGACCGAUUGAAUAAUUGCACAAUUAAUCAUAUCAUCUGCCCAUUUUUUACAGAAAUGACGCCGUUCCGCUGGUAGGAGGUAAUGAAAAUCCCCAUAUAUAAAUUAUAUCCCGGAUAUUAUUGUUAAACAAGCUACAAUUAAAUAAAAAUAGUAUUUUCUCAUAUAUUUUUUACCAGCCCCACGAGAGUCUAAAAAUUCAAAUCCAAGAGCGAAAAUUUUCUCUUACGAGCUCAAUAUCUCAACAUGCCAUGUAUAUUGAGUCCACACAAUAUGUGAUUUCACUUUCACGGACUUCGAGAUAUAGUGCCUAGCCGUGAAAAAAUGUGGGAACCCUUAUUAAUGCAAUCAGAUUUUCGAUACAGGGGCGGGGCUUGGAAAGUAUUGUUGUCGUAGAAUAUGUAAGAAUGGAGGGUCUCUGAAGGUGGAUCUAACUGCAUAUUUAAAGGCACCAUACAUGUUCUGACCGUACUGCCCUCUGUUGACAAUCAACGGAACUAAGUGUAAGCGUAAUUUGCAACAGAUGUCACCAUUAAGAACAGCAGUGAAAU